UGUUGGCCUCUAGAAAACAUAAAAGAACAGCAAGUGCAAGACCACACAUUCCACCCUGCCUUGUAGAUUAACCAGCCUGUCAAACAAGAGCAAAGCAUCAGUAGGUAGAUAAGGUCUAUAAAGUGGACAGCCACACAGUGAAGAGCCUCACAGACUAAACCUAGAAACGGAACAAAAGAGGAUAGCAAGUAGUUUUGGAGAUAAUGCUUCAUUCAAUACCAAGGUAUAGAACACAGCUUGUGACUAAACUAACUGUGAAACAGAAUUUUCCUGUGUUGGCUGCAUGAGAGUAACAAAGGAAAGCAAAGCUCAGGUAAUGGCAAGUGAUAAGAAUCACUGAGUAAAAGAAGACAAGAUGCCGGGAAGUGUGAUGUCAGUAUCCUGCCAUAAGCACCAUUUCCUUUUGGUUGGCGUUCUUGGUUUCUGUCUUAACAGUUUUGUGAGAGGUCAGAAGAACAACACUCUGAUUUUCACCAAGGAAAAUACAAUUCGCAACUGCAGCUGUUCUGCUGAUAUCCAUGACUGUGACUACAGCUUGGCAAACCUCAUGUGCAGUUGCAAAACCAUCUUGCCUUAUACAAUUGAGAGAGCCAGCUACCACAGUGACCUAACAAUUUGGUUCACAGAUACAACUGUGCUUGGAAUGCUGUUGAACUUUACAGUGGUGCACUACCUGAAGCUUUCGCUCUGUGGCCCCACUCCUCUACCAAGAGAAUACCUGGCCAUUUUGGGAUUGCAAAAGCUGCAAAUAAACAGUGAGGUUGAGGGCCAGUUUCUGGAGCAAAAUUUAACAAUCUACAAUAGUGGUGACAAUGAGAUGAGAGACAAACUGAAGGUGCUACACAAAGACAGGCAAAUGUUUUUGUAUAUUUCUGUCUUGGAUACAUCUCUUUUCAACAGGUAUUCUUUACUGAAGUCCUACAGUGUGGAAAAUGUCUCCAGCAUUACAGACCACUUUCCAAGUCUCCCAUAUUCUGAUAUAUUUUCAACUAUUAAUAACAAAAGCUAUGUUGUAACAUUCAUUUACUGA